AUGCGAGGCAGGCGCCAGCGAGGUAGCGGCCAGUGGGCGACGCGGCGGGCAGAGAGGAGAAGUCUUGGAGUUCGCGGGCUGGCGCGGCGUCAGCCUGGCCUCCGCGCUGAAGCGGCUGCGGGCCAACUGGUGCCCGUUGGCUGCCGGCUGCUCCGUGUGACGCGGAGGGGCGGGGCGCGAGACUUGGCAGUGGAGCGGCGGGGAGGCAACCGGCAACGCAGGCCGUGCAGGCGGCAGCGAGGAGCAGCCCCAGCGGCGGCAACAGCGCCAGACACGGAGGCAGGCGCGCACGUGGGCGCCGGGGAAGCCGCCAGCCAUCAGCUGCUGGCCAGGGGUCGGUCUGCCCACGUGGCCGGCACUUGGGUCCCGUGUUAUGCCGGCACACCGCCGCGGCGCUGGUCUGGGGUGAGGGAGCUUUGUUUGUAUGGCUGGCAGCUCGCCGUGGGCGGCGCCGCCCCGCCACCUGCCCCUAUAUACUCGUACCUGUAUACCCGCACCCGUCCCCCCACGUGGGCCGCCCACGUGCCGCCGCCGACGCCCGCUCCCAAUAUGGCGGCGCAGGGCGGCCGAUCUGCGAAAAACGACGCGCCCACGCCUCGCCGGUACAGCCAGCCGCUGACGCAGAGGCGAGCAGAAGAGCGCCCGACGCCUCAGCCGCCCUGCAGCCUGUACUGGAAAACCUCACCUAAACGACGACGCCAGAAAUAA